AAAGGUUUGCUUAAUAAGUGGCACUUGUGGAGAUAAGUAGGUUAUGGCAAUUACUAUAAUAAGUAUAAAGCUAUUUACUGUCAUGAAUGGAUUUCCAAAGGAAAUGUCCGCCCAAAAGAGCCGAAAUUGCCGUAAUAGCCAAAAUGGCUUAGAUGAUUCAGAUGUCAACAAAAAGAAUCUUCACUGUAAAAAAAAUUUAAUUUUUAAAUUGAUGCUUGCAAAUUAAGGAAUUAGUCACGGUAUCGUUCGUGGAUAUCAGCUUAAAGUCUAGCAAAUUAAUCUUUUGUGCUUUAGUUGCCAUUUGACUUCGCCAAUAACAACACAAAGAUGUUUAAGCUAUGGAUCCUAUUUGCAUACUUAAGCCUGGAGUUUCUGAUCGGGACCGCUUCGGACUUGCAGCCACAAUGCUUCAAGACGCCAUACACUAGCUGCCCCAAUGAGAACAUUAGUUUCUGGCUGCACACACCUCUGAGGCCUCAAGGCAUCUUAGUGGAUACGCUCCAUUUGGCAGGUCUGCCCUUAACGUCGAAGUCGUUGAAAGUGUUGAUUCACAGUAUGGGUGGCAGCAGGUAUAGCACACCCAAUUCCGUGCUGAUCCCAAAGUUGUUACAACUUCCCGAUGUGAACAUUUUAGUCGUGGACUAUGAGAAAUUAUCUCCCGAACCUUGCUACACUGAAUCGUCCUAUAACAUUCACAUUGUAGCUGGUUGCUUGGCACAAUUGUUGGCCACUCUACUGUCGCUCGGAUUGCUGGAGGCCAAUCAGCUGCACCUAAUAGGUUUAGGGCUGGGCGCACACGCUGCUGCAUUUACUUCGAACAUCUUGGAGCGUACUCACUCCAAGGUGUCUCACAUUACUGCACUCAAUCCGUCCAAGGCCCUGUACCUAACACCUGACAUAAAACAGAGGAUUGAUCCCAGUGAUGCUGAAUUUGUGGAUGUCAUUCACACAGAUGUUAUGGUACUUGGUCUUAUGCAGCCCGUUGGACACGUAGACUUCUAUCCCAACAAGGGCGUCGUUCAGCCCAAUUGCGGAGACCCGAAAGAUAUUAAAUCCAAUUACUGCUACCACCAUCGCUCUGUUGAAUACUAUGCAGAAUCAAUUUUUUCUCCAACUAAAUUCUGGGCAUUCCGCUGCAAGGAUUUGUACGGGUUUAUUGUAGGCGAAUGCCAGCCCAAUGACGACCUCGUAGAACUUGGAUAUAAUACACCUCGCACGGCACGCGGCAACUACUUUUUAGCCACCAAUGAUUAUCCACCCUAUGCUCGUGGAGAACAAUUCUUGAACUUAGAUCGCAAUUUAGAAAACCAGACGUUCCUCCCCAAAGAAAUGAUUGAGAUGCUAGGUAAAAUGAAGGAUGGAGCAAGAGGACUUACAACCUUUCAUUAAUGGAAAUUUCGAAAAUUUGUCGCGUUCAAUUAUGCUAUAGGUAUAAAAAGGAUUGAUCAAUGUUUGCAAUUAAUCAAAAUUGAAUAGACAAACAUUUUUAUUUCA